AUGAGGAGUCAAGAAGGGGCCCAGGGAUUGGCUCCCUAUAAGCCCACAGGCAUUUGGAGCUCCUGGAAGGGGUGUGGGCUAGUCUCAGGGAGCCAGCGGUUUAUAAGACAGCAGAAACCCUGCCCUGAGCAGAGCCUUCCAGCAGCCAACACAACGAAGGGGGCACUGCUUAUGCUGGUCUUGCUGGUGACUGGAGAGCUGAGCUUCAAGACGGCAGAAGCUUGCCCUCUUUUCUAUGCAGUCUUUGCUACAAUUGGCCUUGGAAAUAAGCACAUAAUGGACAUUGUCCUCAGUGAGGCCAAUGCUACCAACCCAGAAAAGGCAGCCUUUGAAAAAGUCCAGGAAUGCUACAAUGAGGGGGGUCUCAAAGCCAAGACGCUGGAUACGAUCGCCUUGAGCAUCCUGACCUUCAGUCCAGAAUGCCUCAAAUCUGCAGCAAAAGAGCUAGAGGAAGAUAUUAAAAAGGUAGUUUCCAAAUUGAACCCUUUGUCAAGAUGA